CGGGCCCUCCCGCCCCACUUCGCCGCAGAGCUCCGGAGGGGGGAGGCCGCGGUGCCCAGAGUGUAGCGAGGCGCCAUGUCUGGCCGUGGCAAGAGCGGCGGUAAGGCCCGAGCUAAGGCCAAGUCUCGCUCCUCCCGGGCUGGGCUGCAGUUCCCGGUCGGGCGCGUUCACCGGCUGCUGCGGCGCGGGCACUACGCGGAGCGGGUGGGGGCCGGCGCGCCCGUUUACCUGGCCGCCGUGCUGGAGUACCUGACGGCCGAGAUCCUGGAGCUGGCGGGCAACGCGGCGCGCGACAACAAGAAGACGCGCAUCAUCCCCCGCCACCUGCAGCUGGCGGUGCGCAACGACGAGGAGCUCAACAAGCUGCUGGGCGGCGUCACCAUCGCGCAGGGCGGCGUUCUGCCCAACAUCCAGGCCGUGCUGCUGCCCAAGAAGACGGGCGGCGGCGGCGGCACGGGCCCCGCCAAGGCCGGCAAGAAGGGCAGCGGGCAGCAGUCGCAGGAGUACUAGGCCGGCCGGCCACCCCCGGCACCACACAAAGGCCCUUUUCAGGGCCACCCCCAUUGCUCACCGGGAGAGCUGCGAUCCGCGGGGGGGAGGGGGCGCGUCUCUGUCCCGCCGGCGGGGCU